AUGUCAGCCAAUCAGCUCAAGAGUGGAGACCUUAGCAUCAAGACAACCGCCAACAGCGAGAUGCAGACGCUCCGUCAGUUCACAGAUGACUACGUACCACGUCUUGGAAACGGAACGUCAGUACGUACUUACACAUACGGAGUUCUUGUUCAUGGCAUUCGCACAAGCACGAUCAAUAUGGAGAACUUCGACGAAGUCAGAGAUACCAUCCUACACGAAAACAGAGCCUUCCUUCCGGCUGCGGAUAUCAAAUACAUAGGCUGGCUGACCAGGCAGCCACCACAGAAGGCAAUGUCAUCAAUAGUCAUCGAGUUCACGAAGCCAGAAGACGCCAACAGGAUCAUCGACGAGAAUUUGGUCUGGCAGGGCGAGAUGUGCCCGGCCGAGAGAUACGAGAGGCAGUGCCGACUGAAACAGUGCCGACUGAAGCAGUGUUUCCAGUGCCAAAAGUAUGGCCAUAUAGGAACCCAAUGCAAGGCAGCGAAAACAUGUGGCUACUGCGCGCAGGAACACAGUUCCUGGGAAUGCCCGACGAAGACAAAUCGAGAAGCCGCUAGGAAGUGUGUCGUAUGCCUCGGCACACAUGAGGCCUGA